AAUCAUAAAGAGGAUUGUCAAUAGCAACCAUGUUACUUUAACAACAAAAAUGACGGAUAUAAUGGUGCAUGCAGUGUAACUUCAUCAAUUCAUUUCCAGGAAGAAUCACGUUUUAACUUGUUGUUGAGGAAUCCGUCUGUUCAAUCAGAAUAAAAUAUGUUAGUUGAACAAGUUCAUGUGACCGUGUAAAAGCUUAAUUAAAAUAUUGACAAAUAGACGAUACCACUGAAAUGUUUCCCAGCAUCACACGCUGUUUCCUCAACGUUUAGUCAAUAUUACUAAGUGAAAUACAUUUUGCUAAAGAGACCCUGAAUGACGGAAUGAUUAAUUUCUAAUCACAUGACGAAUUGUUAUUAUUCAAACAAGGCCUUAAGUGCUAUCGGCGUCAGUGAUGGAAAUUUUGUGCGAUAUGCAAUACUAAAGGUGACGGAGACAUCAUUAUGCACACCAUAAUUUCGUGCAAGUCCUUUCUUUUUCUGCUUGUUGUUCAUGCAGGUAUGUCAGUUGAAUGUUUAAACGUGUCUGAGGCCAACAAUCUUUAUUCCAGCCUGUUGACUGAUUAUAACAAGAAACUUUUGCCUCUUACAAAUCAGACUGAAGCGGCUUAUGUUGGGGUUUAUGUUUAUUUACUAAGCAUCAACACGUUCGACGAAAUAUCCGGCGAACUGGCUUUAACUUUGAUUUUUAAUUUCACAUGGAGAGAAGAACGCAUGUCUUGGGUUCCCGAAGAAUUUGACGGGAAAACGUCUCUUCUUAUCGCACCUGAAGACAUAUGGCGGCCGAAAACCUUUAUUCGCGAGUCAUUUGAUACUUUGCAAGAAAUAGGCAACGGGUCCGAAAUGCUGCGCAUUACAUUUGAUGGUAUCGCGGUUUGGACACUGGGCUCUGUGGUGAAGGUCACUUGUCCAGUAGAUGUGACAUUCUUUCCUUUUGAUAGUCAAACAUGUUCAAUAACUUUGACUACUCUUACAGUCAGAAGUGAGGAUGUUACUAUUUAUACUUUGAAAGCUUCAACCGACACUAUUUACUGGGCAAAUAACAGUCAGUGGUCAUAUCAGAACAGCACUGUAAUUAGCUAUGCCAUACCAAAUGGCCCGACCGGAAUCAUUAUUGAUAUAACACUGAAAAGACGGAGCGAAUUUUAUAUCAUUUACAUAGUUGUUCCGUUGGUUUUUCUUGGAGGCAUGAACAAUCUGGUGUUUUCUAUGCCUGCAACGUUUGGAGAGCGGACUUCAGUGGCAAUAACAGCAUUCCUGUCAUUUGCCGUCUAUAUGCAGAUAGUGAACAACAAUGUCCCACAAAGUUCUUCACCCAUCGCCUACAUUUAUUACUAUUUAAUGUUUCUCUUACUAUAUAGUGCAUACAUUAUGUUUGCAUGUAUUGUGUCUAUGCGUAUCUAUGACAGAAAAGGGAAAGUGCCAGUCCUUACUAAAUAUCUUGUGAUAUGUCUAAGAUGCAUGUGUUGUAAGCGGAGGCAGAAAAAUGGAAAGGUUGCUGCAGUAGACAAAUCAAAACCAAUAAUUGUAGACUGUGGAACAGAUAAGGCUGUAGAAAGUACACCGGAUAGAUCUACUGACUAUGGAUCAGAUAAACUCAUUCAAGAGCAGCAAGAGCAUGAAAUCGAAGACGACGAGGUUACAUGGACACUAGUUGGAAAGACCUUUGAUACAUACUGCUCGGGAUUCAACUUCUUUGUGUACUGGACUUUCACUGGCGCUACGUUUCUAAGCUUGUUUACAAACGCAAAUUUCUUAAAGUCGUUCUAGAGUCAUAACUAACUGAUAUCUAAAUCAGCAUGUUAUAGCAGCAUGUUUUAUAUUAACAAAACAGUUUAUUAUAAAUUACAUAUGUAAGUUUUGACGGCUAGAAGCUGCCUGAUUUGAGGAAAAUAUGUUUCGAAUUUUGUUUUAGUUAACAAUAUCGACGUGUAUAAUUAAUGGUAUAUUAUUUUGUGAGUUACUUUUUAAAUGUCAAUAAAUUUCGUUUUCGAGUCUGCUACACCGAUAGACAAACGUCAGAACUUGUCGACAUUUAAUGAUUAUCAACGUUCUGAAAACUUUCUCUGGAAGAUGUAAAGUCUUACCAUACAUACUGACUGUCUUUAAAAAUUGUUUCUUGUACAGUUUAUCAAAUCAAUAUUUUAACAUAUAGUUUUGACUAAGUUUUGUUUUCAUGUUCAAUGUAUUUUUCAAAAUGUUUUUAAUGUUCCAAGAAUAAAUUCCGGUGUUGGGGUAUGGAAACACCAAUAACAGUUAACCAGUGAUUUGGCCGAAAUAUACAUGUUUGAAAUGAAAUAGUACCUAUUUGAAAGCAGUAUUUACUAUUCCUUACCUCUGUUAAUUUACAAAAUGCUGCGUAUUGUGCAACUCUAAUGAGAGGUAGUAAAAAUAAAUUCUCUAA